AUGACAUCCGAAAGACAGUGGAAAAAAGAGUUUGAGAAAGAUAAAGCUAAGCUUGCUGAACUGAACGAACAAUAUGAAAAGAAUGAGACGAUUUUGCUCGGAAACCUCUAUCAUUCGAAGAAGAGAUUUGAGACUAUCUCCAAUGAGAAACAUGCAAGCUUUGGGAGAUGGAAAACUCUCAUCAAUAGUGCCGCAGAAAAUAGCACUCUUCUAGAGCCGGCUAAAUUCAAGGCACUUGAGCACGGCAAAAGGCGGUCAAUUAAGAUUGGUCCUAAAACAAGUGCAAAGGAAGUACAGAAGGCUCUUGCUAUGCACAAUGGAUUUAGAUACAAUGAAAGUAAGAAGCGAGAGAUUGCCGAAUGGAAGCGGAAUCAAGAGGAGUUUAGUGCACGUAUGGUUGACAUCUUGAGAAAAAUGAAUCACAUUCUUGGUUUUAGUUCAAGUGAAAAACAAUUUGACUCCUGCUUCGAUGAAUCAGCCUGCAAUCCUCAUACAGCUCUCGAGCACGUCGUCUACCAUACAUUCUCUUGCCACUCAUCACCGGACAAGAGACUUGAGAAUGAGAACUCUCAGCUUCUGGAACGGCUGAGUACAGUAAAGAGACAGCUCGAAGACCUUACGGAGAACUACAGAACCCUCGAAUAUGAAAAGUUCAAACUUGUUCAGGAUAAUGCGGAGAUCUUUGGUUCUUUGAAGUCGACGCAGAAUCUGAUAAAACUGAUUGCGAAGAAUAGAGAUGAACAUGUUCGAACCAACAGAAGAUACGCCGGAGGAAACAAGAGGCUCGAAACUGCGCUUGAAUCUGCAAAGGUGCAGGCGCAGACGCAACCAUGGUGGAACCCGGUACGUAAAGUGACUUUCGAUGAUACCAAUGGCGAUCUGAAGGAGGAGAUCAAAAGUUUAUCCAAUUCUUUGGCGCAGAUGAAGAGUAACAGGGAGCCGCACGACAUUCUUAGAGAUAUCGGAAUCCAGUCUCAUCUUGGAUUUCUCCGCACUUCCAAGGCGCACGAAUAUCACGUCAUUCAACACCGCUCGCAUCACAACAUAAUCUCUCCCAGUGGCCCAGGACUCGAUAUCAACUUCGGCUCUUCGGGAAAUGGGUAUUCGGGGAAGUAG